CACGUAACACACCCCAGGUUUAAUUUGAGUUGGUACCUCCCGACUGGGUGCAAGACGCCAACAUGACAAGUCAGGAAGUGAAGGGCGGUGGUUGAGAGUAAAAAGAACUCCUCCAGCAAUCUCAAGUGAUACCGAACCACUUGUUGUCGUCAGGGAUCGAAAGAGUCAAGAUGUCGAGCAAACGGGCAAAGGGCAAGACCACCAAGAAGCGCCCCCAGCGCGCCACCUCCAAUGUCUUCGCCAUGUUCGACCAGUCGCAGAUCCAGGAGUUCAAGGAGGCCUUCAACAUGAUCGACCAGAACCGCGACGGCUUUGUGGACAAGGAGGACCUCCACGACAUGCUGGCCUCGCUGGGUAAAAAUCCCAACGACGACUACCUGGAGGCCAUGAUGAACGAAGCUCCCGGGCCCAUCAACUUCACCAUGUUCCUCACCAUGUUCGGGGAGAAGCUCAACGGCACCGACCCCGAGGACGUCAUCAGGAAUGCCUUCGCCUGUUUCGACGAAGAGGGCACAGGUUUCAUCCCGGAAGAUUACCUGAGGGAGCUUCUCACGACGAUGGGCGACCGCUUCACGGAAGACGAAGUGGACGAGCUCUUCCGCGAGGCGCCCAUCGACAAGAAGAACAACUUCAACUACGUGGAGUUCACGCGCAUCCUGAAGCACGGCGCCAAGGAUAAGGACGAUUAAAACGAAAGCAAAAAAAAAAAAA